AUGAUAUACACUACCCUCCUGAUUGCUUUGUCACUGGUGACUGGCACGUUCGGAGCAGCUCGAACAAGUCCACCCUCAGGUGCCAUCGUCGUUGCCAAGUCGGGAGGAGACUACAAGACAAUCCAGGAAGCUGUUAAUGCUGCCUCCGCUUCCGAGGCAGUCAUAUUCAUCCAGCCUGGGACCUACGAGGAGCAGGUCCUGAUAGCAUCAGGGGCCGGCGCUUUAACCAUCUAUGGCUAUACUGAGGAUGACCAAGAUUAUAGCAAGAACGAGGUCAUUCUUACACAUAGCCUGGGUGCUGACGAGGCAGGAAACAACGAUGCUUCAGGCACCCUUCGCGCUAAGAACGAUGGACUCAAGGUGUACAAUGUCAACAUCGAAAACUCGCGUGGAAAGGGUAUCCAGGCCAUUGCGUUGAGCGCAUAUGGGAGCGAGCAGGGCUAUUAUGGUUGCCAAUUCCUUGGGUAUCAAGACACGAUCCUUACGAGUAAAGGAAAUCAUUACUUUCAUGGUUGCUAUAUCCAAGGGGCUACAGACUUCAUCUUCGGACAGGACUCUAUUGCUUGGUUUGAGAGUUGCACCAUCGGUAUCAGUGCCAGUGGUUACAUCACUGCUAAUGGGCGAGACGAGGCCAGCAACCCAGGGUGGUAUGUCAUCAACAAGGCAACCGUUAAAGCUCUUUCCGGUGUCAAAGAUGGAGCGACCUAUCUUGGACGCCCGUGGCGCGAAUAUGCUCGGGUCGUCUUCCAGAAUAGUGAUCUUGGCGCUGUGGUUAACUCGGCCGGCUGGUCAACCUGGGGAAGCACACCAACAGACAACGUUUACUAUGGGGAGUUUGGAAACACAGGAGAAGGCGCCAGCGGAACACGAGCCAGCUUCUCCAAGAAGCUUGACAGCGCUGUUUCUGUAGGUGACAUUUUGGGCUCCACCUCAUGGCUAGACUCGAGCUAUAUUGGUGGCGAUAGUUCUGGAGGCAAUGACGACAAUCAGACAGCUACUAGCAGUGCUGUUGAAAAGAGCAGUACUAUUAGUAGCACUGCCGCAACCGUUAGCACUGUCACAACACGUAGCACUGUUACCAAACCUAGCGCAAUCGCAACCGCUAGCACCGUCACAACAUCCAGCACCAGUGCUAACAGAAAGUGUGGUGCAGCUACCACACUGCAGACAGUGACAAGGCAGACCUCUGCCUCAAAGGUCGAAGGCGACGCUACUUCUGUCGUGAGUGCUACUUCUUCUGCCGCGAGUGCUACUUCUUCUGCCGCGAGUGCUACUUCUUCUGCCGCGAGUGCUACUUCUGCGACCCCAAGAGCAUCUGCUACGCCAGGCGCCGACGAUUGUAGUGGAACACCUGAUGGCUUUGCCUCUCUUAACGGCGGAACGACUGGCGGUGCUGGUGGCGAAGUUGUCACAGUAUCAACCCAGGCCGACUUGGAGAAGUAUGCCAAAGAGUCUGCCAAGUACAUCAUCAAGGUCAAGGGGGUUAUCACCAUAACUCCUAAGGGCACAGAGAUCAAGGUCUCCUCGGAUAAGACUAUUGUUGGCAUUGGCAAUGAUGCAGAGAUUAAUGAGGGUGGUUUCAAUCUCCAGAAUCAGCGCAACGUCAUCUUCCGCAACAUUAAGAUUGGUAACACCUAUGUUGAAGGUGACGAUGAGGGCAAGACCCAAGACUGGGAUGGAAUCCAAAUGGACAAUUGCACUAACAUUUGGAUCGAUCACGUCCACCUGGAAAAGGGCGGCGAUGGCCUGAUUGAUAGUCGCAAGGAUACCACCUUUCUCACCGUAUCUUGGUCUAUUUUGCGGAACCACAACAAAGCAUUUGGAAUCGGUAAUACGCCCCAGGCAAAAUUACUGCUUUAUUCUUCCGUCCAUGAUGCUAACUAUGAGCUAGGCUGGACCGAUAACGUUGUGGCCGAAAUGACAAUCCACCACAACUUCUUCGAUCAGACCAAGCAGCGAAACCCUUCCGUUGACAAUGUCAAAUACGCACAUCUCUACAACAACUAUCUCGUCGGGCAGACUUCCUAUGGCCACUACGCGAGAGGGCAGACUGAGAUGAGAAUGGAAAAUUGUUACUUCAAGAAGGUCAAGAACCCAAUCACCUCCGACAGCACGGCUAAGCUGUACGCCACGGGCAACAAGUUUGACGGGACCUCUGGUACGCAGGCCAAGAAUACCGGCACUGUAUUUGAUCCAUCCGAGUUUUACGAGUAUACCGUGGAUGCCGUGGAGGAGGUCCCUGACAUUGUCUCAGAGGGAGCUGGUCGACAAGCUAGUAUUUGCCCUAGCUAG